UCACUAAGAGCGCAGGAAGCAUUUUGUCUCAGCAUCCGUUCCUGCGCACUACCCAACCGUCAUGGCGCUGGCGAAGUCCGUCUACCAUUUGCUCUUCAGGAGAACGUCCACUUUUGCUGUAAGCAUCAUGGUUGGAGCGGUUUUCUUUGAAAGACUGUUCGACCAAGGCGGCGACGCGAUUUUUGAGCAUAUGAAUCGCGGGAAACUAUGGAAACACAUCAAACACAACUACGAGAGCAAAGAAGAAGAGUAAGACGCGGCUCCGGGGAUAUCUAAGGCUGAAGUGCAACUGUUGUCACACUUCCUUUAUCCAUUCUUCCUGGACUCCACACCUGAAUCAAGCAUCAGUCAACAUGGACAGUGUGCUCAGAGUCAUACCCAGGCUGGCAGUGGCUACCAGAGGACCUGUCUGAGCUCAUUGACUGUCCAGAUCAUCACAGAGGCAGAGCAAUGGUUUCUUCGUGCACCCCCUCCAUCUUGUUAUUUGUAAUGCCUUUAUUCUCCUCACAGAUUGUAAAUGGUUAAAUUAAACAUAUGUUAAUGUCUUAAA